CGCGACUUUUCUCAUCUGCUAAGAAGGAAAUCUCGAUCCGCGUGGUUGCGAACACCGGCUGCCUUCUCCUCGCGAACUUCCCCAUCAUUCGGUUGCUACACCGUGCACCCACCUGGUGUAUUCCACACAAAUUACAGCACGUCUCUGGCUUGCUAGCCGACUAUUCAUGCACUGACCGACCAUCGAGAACCGACACAUGGAGGAGAUGCUGACUGUGGAGACGUCUGAUGCGGAGGAGAGGGAGGAGAUACGGGCUCUCAGCCCUCGUUAUUGGUCGAACAUAGUGGCGACAGCUACUACGCGUCCUCGUGGGGCCUUCGCCGUGGGGAAACACUCACUGGUGAGCGGGUCCAUUGACCAACACAAUGCAACAUUUUCAUGGGAGAGUGCGCAUAUAUCGCCGAAGACAAAUGCGGAAGGGCCGCCUCGUAAACGCGUGAAGGUAUGGCAUGAAGCACCCACACAUCGAACGAGCGCCUCUCUUCCUACUACGCCGACUCGCGAUCGAAGCAGACCCACAUCGCCGAUAUUACGUUCUGCGCCGUGCUCGCCUAGAACCUGGUCUCCGUGUCCCGAGAUCAUGUUCCAGAAACGGAACUUAUCGGUCGCAUUAUCCACUCCGCGUCGAAUCACAGAUGUAGAAAUGCCUGAUUAUGACGACUCGCUCUGUAUCGACGCAGAUGACAUACGCCCAGAAGAAGCUUACCGUCAGCCAUCAUCAUCGCUGCCAGUUGUUGACCCACCUGCAGUGAGUUCUGAGCGUGUUGAAGCUGCAUCUAGAGCAUCUUCUGCGGAUCCCAUUUCCUUGCUCACUCCAAGGAGGGCACUUCCUAUCAUUGCGAGGUCGCUGACCCGUUACAGCCAACACGAGAUGCAGGGACUAUGGUCGAACUCUCCAUUGACUCCGAUACAUUCGCCAAUUGUCCUGACGUUGGGAGCUGAUCAUGCAACUUCUCCGACUCCCGCAGGCACCAGUCGGCUAGCCAUGCCCAAUUUUCUCUCAGGUUCGGAAGCACCUCGAGCAGAGUUCGAACACGAUGAUGCAAACGAUGCAAGGCAUCAAGAUCACGAAGACGCACACCGUCGCUACUCGUUCAGAGCACGUCAGGCAUGGCAGAAGAACCCAUAUGCAUACGACAAGGCGAUGUACAAGCGUCAAAUGCGUUCCAACCCUGAGGCAAUCGUUAAGGUCGUCAGUCCGGCACGUGGGAGGAAACAUCGACGAUCGUCCAGCCGGGGAAACGCAGGCUCUGCAAACGGAUCAGAUGCUGAAGAAGAGUAUGUGGACCAGGGCGGUCAAGAGGACGAUGAAUCAUAUUGGCAGCGCCGAAGAGCGGACCCACGAGAAGGAUCCCGGAGUCGCAGUGCAGGCGCGUCCGAGACGGUUCGCAAAGGACAGGGAACGCAACACCACAAAUUUAGGAGCGCCGACACUGCUGUCCAUCCUGAAAUCAGCAGCGCGGCAUCGCGCUCACAUUCUACAGCAUCUAGCAAUCAUCUGCAACGUGAAGGGCAAGAGAAGUGGCUUCCAGCUGCACUCAAUGAAACCUUCAGCAGCAGUUCCGAAGACGAUUUUGAUGAACGCAUCGAAAUGCCGCCAAAGCAGCCCAAAGAUCCAGCAGAGGACGCGUUGAAACCCGCCAACCCGAAACCGUUCCCUAUGAGGAAGAGGAACGUCGUUCGACGCUCUCCUCAGCCAGCGCGAGGUCUUACAGGCUCUCCUGUAAAGGAGCAUAGCGCCGUCGACUCGACAAUAAAUGAUGCUCCGGAGGACGAUGAGAGCCAAUUCAUGCCACGAUGGCGACGCCGGAAAAGCGCUACGGCUAUCUCUCCACAAUCAUCACCUCCAUCUAUUGCUAGCUCAGUUGCUCAGGACCAUCCUGAUGCGGCCCCGGACGAUGACGUCCUGAUGAAUUUCGGUAGCCCUCCGGCAAUCGGAUUUUCAUCUCCAUCAUUCACUUCGAUAGACGCAGAUGCCUCGCCAUUUGGAACCAGAUUCAGUUCGAAUGAUGAUCUGUCACAUCCUCUGGCUCUCUCAGAUACGGAGAUCACUUCGGAGGGCAACCCUGAACCUCCGCAGACGUCCGACCAUGUGUCAGACGAGGAUUCCGGAUUCGAAAGCAGCUCAUCCGUCGAGGCGUUGACGGCGAGGGAUCGGCGACGUCUCAAAGUGCUUCAGCGGAUGAUGCCUCGCGUUCUCGUUCAGCGUCACUUGCAGAACACCUCUGCCCAUCGUUCGAGGAAUUCCGCUGACCGCGGUCAUAAUCUCACGAAUGGCGAGGAGACCCUACGGCCUGGGCAGUCUCGAGUUCGGGUGAGAGCUCCAGGCGACCGCACGGUAAUCGAGAUACGUGGCGAUUCCGAAAGCUCGGACAUGGACAAGGUGGAAGAGAACACGGACGCUGCUGAGUCAACAACGUCGGAAUCAGAGGUGGACGUUGAUCACUUCUCGAGAUCUCGUCGCAAAGUUCCAAUUAUUCCCUCUCAUUCGCAUGCGGAUGUGGAUGAGAGUGGGAGUGAUAGUAGCAUCGAUGACGCGAAGAUUGAGCGAUGGGUGUCCGAAAGCCAUCCUCCACUGCGCAAGGACGGCCGGAACGAUGCUGUGAGGGAAGGUGAUCUUAUUGAUCGUAUGUUGUCUCGUACCAGGGUCUCGGGCGGCAAAGGUCGACGACAGCGUGGCUCAACACAACAUGGCACUUCGAAGCGGAGAAAAUCAGGUGGAAGCAUGCACGUUAUCACUUCUGGUGCCCGACGUACUGGUGUAGGACAUCAAACUAAGCUGCAGUUUCCUCUUGUCGACGUCCCUCGUAGCAAACCGGACGCCAGACAUCAUGAAGAUACAAUCUCAGACGCAGGGCCCACGGCACAUCCACCAAGUGUAUUAGCGGCGGAUGUGGAGGACACUCAUAUUGACGAAAUGGACGCUGACGCUUCUUCUAAGAAGCGUCAACGCAAGAAGUAUCGCCAGCCAGGCGGGUUGUUCACCUUUGCCUCGGAGGGCGGACGCCUAAUCUCAGGGAGAAUGCAUGACAAACCAAUCUCCAUGGAGACCGAGGAGUCAUCCACUAAUGUUCUCGCCGACUUCUCCGUCCACGAGCAUUUGCGGGAGAAAUGGGCAAGCCCGUCUUCAAAACCGCAUCGACUAAAGAAUCAUCUCGCUGGGCAGACGUUUGGGCAGACGUUGAAUGAGUACUGGUUACCAGACGAGGACGACCGGCUUGAUGCCCCGCAAGUAGUGAACGUUGAGAUGACUGUAUCACGUCGUGUUACAGUCGACUUUGGUAUCCGUCCCUUGCCACCGGGGAUCGCGUUUGGGUCUGAUACCUACCUUGGCCUCGGGUGUCUUCAUGAAGUUAUCUCGGUGUUCUCAGCCGACUACGUGCCUGCUCGCCCUAAUCUUUCGUCUUUUUUCGACAUUCACUUGAACCCAAUCAUGUCGCCGCGAGACGUCGAGGUGUGCUUAGAGAAAGUCCUCGAUCUGGCGCGCGACUGGAUCACAGGACGGGACAACAUCGCGGUGCAAGAUAGUCAGCGUUGGCAGAUGUUGCUUCAUUCUCUUGCUUUGCACGUGUCCUGGGUAUACGACAACGCUGUCGACGAAGAACGAGCGGGAUUGGACUCAGCUGUGGAGAAGCACAUUUCGCAUUUGGAUACACUGAUCACCACGCCGGUCGUGAUAAUCUCUGACGAAGAAACACCCAACCGUUUGACGUUUGACCUGCGUUGGUUCACUAUUGAAUUAUUAACCCAUCUCAAUAGCAUCCGCAAGACCCGUUUCGGUCAGGUUCAUGACCAGACUCAUCUCGUACACGCGCGACACCUCAUAUGCGAAUUAUGGAAAGCUGGCUUCCAAGACCUGCUGAAACCCUUCGCGGGUGAAGAGAGAGAGGCCACGCAGUCUUCUCUGGCCACACGGAUUGCGGAGCUGUGGAUCUGCAUGAUACAUCUCUUGGGUGCUUGGGCGUCGAUUCUGCCGACUUCUGCGGACCUUGCUGCCCACGACAUUACAUUCUGGGGUAUCUUUUUGCAAACCUUGAAGAGUGAGCACCUCCUGCAAAAGCUGCCUUCAGACCUCGCGAUCAGCGAGAUGGUCUGGAGGAGCAUAUUCUGCUUGACAUCUUUGUCACAAUUUUCCAUGCAUGGUAUUUCUACAUCGUCACCAAAGCUUGGGUCUUCGUGGCCACUCGUGAUCGCGGCUCUCGAGGAGAUCAACCUAGCUGCAAAUCCUGUAAUCGAUGGUAGGCUGCCGAAACGAAGUCUGCGGAAACGGGACGAAUAUAUUCGUAUACUCGUUUCGCGAUGCCUCACGCUGACUCAGCUUUGGCGAUGGCAGCUAACCAAUGCAUCACUUUUGUUCAAUCGCCUGCUGGAUAUCUUUAAGAGUCGCCACUUUGCCAACCUCUUGGAUGAGCCUUCCGAUUACCCCAGUUUUCUUCGACAUAGCAACCUGGAACUACUCUCUGAGAACAAGCGCAGUGACACUGCUUUCACGCUGUUUUUGAAAAUCGUCGUGCAGGCUGCGAAAGACGUCGCGGGUUUUCGUCCAGGCCAAGAUAACCAUCUUCCACCGCAUGUCAAGAAGUUGCUCUCGCUGUGUGUCCCCGUCGGCUCUGUCCCGUUCACUAAAACCUCUCCCCCAAGUAAUCAUGAAUUGUCCAUGCUAUAUAAUCGCUUCAGUGCUGUCGCCGUCGCCAUCUAUCUUGAGCCAACGAUCUCAAACUUGAAAUACCGCCUAUCGAAUGCUCGUCGUUAUGUCAAUUUCGAGGAUGCGGACAGAGAAACUCGUCGGGCUUGUAUACGAGGGCUGAUGCACUUAGCGAUCCUGCUGCGACACCUCCGGCUUCCCUUGCAAGAUGCUCUUGAGUGGCUAGCUGACAUGACAAAUAUCCUUGUGGACGAGUAUCAAGCACCUGAGGUUGCCGAAUACAUCAAGAACUGGGCAGUCGUAUCAGUGCAGAUGCUCCUCGGUUGUGUUCGUCGUAUCAUUCAGACCCCCUUGAUGGAGAACACACAGACUCCGGCGCCAUAUCCGGAACCUGAGCUAUUAGGAGGCCCUUGGGUAACAAGGGUUUUCUCGACGUCAACGAAACUUUCGGCCGUACCGACCACGAGCAUGGAAAUCCGUAAACUAGUCGAGGCGUUUCUGAAUGCCAGGGCAGCCGUCAUGUCGAGACCCUCAAAUGCAUCUCCUAUGCGGACAGCAGAGGAAAGCCAAGAGAGCCAGGAUGAAUUUGCGUCGUUGGACAACUCAAUGUGUUUCGAUGAUCCCGAUCUGAUCGCGGCUCUCAGCACUCCGGAGGAGCUUGCUCUCCUUCAGGACAGGAAAAAGAAGGACGAGAGAGUAUGUGAGAUUAUCGACAAACAUAUCAUGCCUGCUGUAUACCGCUUCGUCUGUAAACAUGUCAACGUUACUCAUGGUUCAGGCGUGUUCCCGCAUCAAACAGCGGAGACUGAUAGAUGGAUUGAUUGUUGGGUUGGUUGCGCCAAUAUCAUUAUACAGAACGACGACAGAAAGAAUUGGGACUUCUAUCUCUUAAUGGGGCCACAAUCAUGGGAGAAGAUCAUCGAUGUUGCUUGGCGACGUCAUGUUGGGCUGCGAUUCAUGUGGAAGGUGCUCCAGCUAGAUCCCAUUGCCUACUUCUCUGAGCAAGAUGGUUUUUUGAGUGUUUUCUUUCAAGCAAUGGUGGCUGGCAAAAUAUCCAUAGAACACGAGUAUAUCUCUGAACUUUUCUCCAUUGACAAGCUACGCCAUCCGCUGUUACGUGGUAUUCCAUGUGAACCGAAGCCGGGCGUUAACGGCUACAGCAUCACACGAGCUGAAUUACUUGACAACAGAUUGACCUUCUUGGAUAGGAUCUUCGCCAACUUGACGGAACAACUACGCAAGGAAAGCGAAGGUGACAUUUCGUUGAGACUCCAAAAUCAAACAUCCAUCACUGGCGUUUGCACCAUGUUUUCCACUAUGCGGGACAUUCUGCAGGAAUUGCAUGCAGGUUCAGAAGAUCAUCGUGGCUAUGCAUCUUUCUGUCGACAAGUUUACAGCCGUUUUCUGAAUUUUCCAGCUCUCAGCAGCCAUCCUCGCCUACUUUCAACAGCGUCCUGGGCAAAGGAUUUGCCGUGAUCACCUGUCCGGCCGGGCGCGAUAUCUAACUCUUGCUAAGAUGCCAUGGACUCAUCGUAUACUAUCAGCAGCACUCAGUCCAUACUGGCAACAAUGAGCACAUGUAUCAAAUACUCACAUAAUGCGAAUGUACAUGGAUUAGGGAUUCAGACCAGCGAUAGAAUCUUUUGG